AUGGUAGGAAAAAGAUAUCACGUCGAUAAUCCACCAAAGACCUCUAUCCAAAACAAAGCGAGCACGUCCAAAAACAACUGCACCAAUCCCAAUAAGGGCCCAAAGUCCCUGAACGCCAACGCCAACGAAUUCACGCCUCAUACUGACCUGAAUCCAACCAGCGGGUCCAAAACAGAAGUGGUAGACUCGCUGUCACCACUUCAAAGAAGCGACACCAACCCCUACGACGAAUCCAGCUCCUCCUACCGACCUAGAUCCAGACCCAGCGGAUGCCAUGAUCUCGAGGAGGCGUUCCAAACCGCCACAACAGCCUACCAACAAGAUAUCAGGAGAACGAGCUCCUAUUUUCCGUCUGACGGGUACCAAGAAGAGGUAAGAAGACCACCAGAAGAGCCUGUCAAAGAGGAUUACUACUAUCCCGCUUGCCUCCCACUUCCCGCCCCUUGUCCGCGCAUGGAGAAGGCUUGGCAGACUGGGAAGAUAGCAGAGGCGAUCCGGGCCAGCUAUAGAGCCUCCUGUGAGGCGAAGGGAAAGAGUGCCGUUCGACAGUGA